UUGUUUGGAAACACCUGCCUAUUCAGUUUCAAAUUAUAUUUCAAAUUGUUGAUUAUUCUAGAAUAUACAGCUUAGUGUUUCUCUGUAUCGAAAAAGGUUUGAAUCAAUCAUUUCUAAAGGAAAAGUCAACGAAAAAAGCGCCUAGAUAGAAUGGAGGGAUCCGACGUUCUGCACGUGGAAAUUUGUCAAAAUAUCGACAGCAUGUUGUCUACACAAGCAAUAGAGGAUUUAGCGUAUGCUGAAAUAAACAUGUUAGACGAUGUUGCAUUAGACACCAUCAUGUAUGGGAAAGACCUGAAAAAUUCCACUUUACAGAGUCACGUUGAUUCUAUAAUAUGUACUUGCAGUCACGGAGAGUUACAGAGAAGUCACAUGAAAAUACAAGGAGCUACUCUAAAGUUUCACGUAUACAGAUUGACCACGGAGUCUGCAGCCAUAGAGACAAUGAAAAACGAUGACGAGGACAUCCCAGCUUCCUCCCAUUGGAUGUUACCGGCUCAAGAAUUCCAUCAUCUGUGGGAGAGUCUUUAUUUUGACUCCAACAUAAAGGAAAAUUUACUUCAUUUCGUGGAAACAGCAAUGAUAUUUGCAGACCAUAACGUUGACACUAAUAUCAUUAGUUGGAAUAAAGUGGUAUUACUGUACGGACCACCAGGUACAGGAAAAACCAGUUUGUGCAAAGCACUUGCUCAAAAGGCCAUUAUUCGUUUAAGCAACAGAUUCGCUUAUGGUGAACUAAUAGAGAUAAACAGCCACAGUUUAUUUUCAAAGUGGUUUUCAGAGAGUGGUAAAUUAGUUAUGAAAUUGUUCAGUGAAAUCAAAACUCUUCUAGAAAAUCCACAAGCGUUAGUCUGCAUUUUGAUCGACGAGGUAGAAUCCUUGGCGCACGCACGAAAGUCCUGCAGCAAUGGAACGGAACCCACUGACUCCAUAAGAGUAGUGAAUGCCCUAUUGACACAGCUGGAUCAAAUAAAACGAUAUCAAAAUAUCUUAAUUCUAACAACCAGCAAUUUGUCGCAAGCCAUUGACUUGGCAUUCGUCGACAGAGCCGAUAUAAAACAAUACAUUGGACAUCCAACGUAUCAAGCUAUAUACAAAAUUUAUGCUUCCUGUCUCAAAGAAUUAAUGAGGACGAAACUGAUGGAACCGGAAGAAAUUUACGAUUUGUCAAUGUUGAAAAAGAUGGGCUACGAGGAGACGUCUCAAUCGAAAAAUAGUCUGAAGUUAAUGGAACUUAGUCAGGAGAGCAUGGGGCUGAGCGGACGAGUUUUAAGAAAAAUGCCGUUCUUGGCUCACGCUUUUCACCUGAGAACGAAAAAAUGCACGUUAAGCCGAUUUUUAAGAGCCAUGCAUUUGGCGAUUGAGAGAGAAAAAGAGAACAAUACGCAAGAGGGAUUCUGAGAGGUAUUCUUUCCAGAGUCUUAAUUAUCCUUUUACUUUUCUAACGCAAUAUUCAGUAUUAUAUAUUUAUUUAAUGCUUAUCCUAUAUUAUUUUUUAUGAUAUAAAAACAUGUACGCAUUUUAUCCAAAUUUCAUUAAUCUUUUUAUUUUCCCCUCCUUCUUAAAAUCAUCUUGUCAGUCACAUCGUUAUGAGUCUUCAUAAAUGCAAUUUGUUGUCUCCAAAUUUUUGGUGAAACGGAGUCGAAAUCAGCAGGGCAAGCAGUUUCCAUGAAUAGCCGUUUGAAUUUCAAAUUACAAAGUUCCCGCCAUUUUGUACGUCGCCCCGUUUGUGAAACAUUCGACGAUCUCUCUCUAGCUUCGAAGUAGUCCGUGGCACACGGCGUGCGGUACGGUUGUUACGAUCAAUGCGGACCAGUGUUGUGCCGAGGUGUCGAACGUGUCGUUGGUUCUCGUCAUCGUCGUCGGCGCUUUCUCAAUUUGCUCGCCGAGAGAAGGAACGAAUCUACCAUCGAAAAAACAAACAACUCGUCGCGGGCGAAUUUCUCCGUGUGCGGUUUCCCCGCGUUCUCUGCUUGUGAACCUGUUUAUCUGUGUCUCUUCUUGUUCCUUCCCUCGAAGUUGAUGAUCUCGGAGUGACAUAGAGGACCAAAGUGGAAGAAUGUUGGAUCGCGACACCGCGAUACACCUCGUCGCCGGCGGGUGGGUUUUACCAUUUGUUUCCUCAUUUGCAACUCCGUGGAAUGCCGCGAUAUGCGCGUUUGCCGAACAGGAGGUUGGAACAGGGAACACGCGUCGUUGAUGAUGACACCGGUUGUUUCGACAUGCAAACACCGAGCCUGUUUGGUCGGGAGACGAACGCGCGGUUUACUCUCUGUAAUGGCUCUGUAAAAAUUAUUAAUAACGCCAGAGGUGACUACGCAUGUUCCAUUAAGACGAAUUUCUACGGAAGAGACGCGACGAGAAGAGAAACUCCGUGGAACGUUGUUCGCCGGCUCGCGAUUAUUACGUCAUUCACUGAGACUCGCUGCUCCCGUGUACGAUGUACACGCAUCGUCCCAAUUUAGAAGCUGCGGUAUUAUUUUCGACGAGAAUUCCCUCGCGACGACGCUGUGUCUUCGAUCCUUCAUCCGCGCGAUCGAGGCAACUUCGCGUAUAUCGCAUAAUACGCACCAUAAUAAUAACCGGCUUUUCGACGGGGAGUGCAUGUUUUCACGACGGAAGUACACGCGCACGGCUCCCCGAAAGCCGUUUCUAAGGCGCACUUGCAUGAAUCCAUCAGAUUCGAUCGAAAUCGAUCACUCCGGAGGUUGCAAAGAUUUUCGUACUCUGACGCAACAUUUAACUUAGGAAUGUACUUUACGUUCUAACGGAGAAAACGCGUCGAUAAUUCUGGAACACGAUUUGUCAUUUGUUAAAUUCAUCGUGUAAAGAGCUCUCGAUUGACAUCGUGUCAUUUUAUCACAUAAUAUACCGCUUUAUACCAGUCUUACUUAUUCCAUUCGUUUCGAUUUGUUCUUAGUUAAUUGCGUUUGAUCGAAUUUUUUCUUUUUUCUUGCCGCGUAUGCACGACGUUUCUGCUGAUCUGCGUAAUAAGUAAAGUGUCAAUUAACGAAUAUAUUAACGUCCUGGUGAUAAAGCCGUAUCGAUAAUGCUACAACACAAUUUGUCAUCAUUCUCGUCGUAAAAUACAUCGAGCGAGGAGGAACAACUGUUUACUUGUUUCUGUGUAUUUGUGUCUAUUUGUUUGUGUCUCUUUGUUUGCAAUUAAUUUUCAUUCGUAGAAGUCGAUCGAUCAUCGCGAGCUGUUGCUCUAAAGGCUGAAAGUCCCAGUUACGAUCGUCGAUCUCCAUUUUUUACUUGGUAAUUGGAUGUUCAAAUUUUACAGAGUGGCUGGGACGGCUGGCGCGAUAGUUACCUGCCCCUUGGAGGUGGUUAAAACCCGUUUGCAAUCCUCCUCGUCCGGAUUCUAUCCGCCCCCCGUAAACAAGGAGCUCACUUCCGGUCACGUGACGUGCAAAAGUUUCCCGAAACCGGAACAAAGGAGAAGGCUGUGCACGGGAGGAUACACGAGGCACGCUCUGAUCGCCCUCUCUCACUUUGGCGCGUCCUCUACUCCAGGAGGCACCCCCCACAGCCACUCGGCACCUAGUGUAUACCAAUGCAUCAGGUACAUCGUACAGAACGAGGGUACCAGGGCUCUGUUCAAAGGAUUGGGCCCUAAUCUCGUAGGGGUGGCGCCGUCCAGAGCCAUUUACUUCUGUGCCUACUCGAAAAGCAAAAUCGCGUUCAACACAAUCUUCGCCCCGGACACCGCCCUCGUGCACGUGUUCUCCGCAUUUUGCGCCGGUUUCGUGGCAUGCACGUUGACAAAUCCUAUUUGGUUCGUGAAGACCAGGCUGCAGCUGGACCAUCGAACAAACAAAAUCACCGCGAUGGAGUGCGUGCAAAGGAUAUACCGCCAAUCGGGUAUCCUGGGAUUCUACAAAGGCAUUAUUGCCUCCUACGUAGGGAUAAGCGAGACUGUGAUACAUUUUGUGAUCUACGAGGCAGUGAAAGCCACAUUAGCGGCGUACAAGACCAACGGGGCGGACGAUCGGAAAUCGUUGCGCGAUUUCUUAGAGUUCAUGGCGGCAGGUUCGUUCUCGAAAACGAUCGCCUCCACCAUCGCUUACCCCCAUGAGGUAGCGAGAACGAGACUUAGAGAAGAAGGUACCAAGUAUCAGACCUUCUGGCAAACGUUGAAGAUCGUGCACGCUGAGGAGGGUUUACACGGCCUGUAUCGUGGCCUCACUACCCAUCUGAUCAGACAAAUCCCAAACACGGCGAUCAUAAUGGCAACGUACGAGGCGGUGGUGUACUUGCUAAGCAGGCACUUCCACGAACGAUCAUUGAGCAGCCUGGCUAACAGCGGUGAGACCAAAUUCUACGCAGAGCCGAAGGGUAAACGAGAAUUGGCCUAGGACUUGCUCACGGCCCCUGAAUAAAGGGCCAACACGACUCGUGUUCGAGUAACAAGUCUUCGGGGAAAGUUGCGUCUGUUUCGAAAAGCAAAAAAGAAAAAGAAGAGAAGAAAGAAGAGAAAUGAACAACAACAACGCCGUCCAAGAGAGCGUCCAGACGCCGGGUGAGAAGCCAAAGUCGGACACGCGUUUUCAAGUUUGGGGUCACGGGGAGGGCCGGCCAGGUCCGAUUGAGCACGUGGAAGGUAGCGUACGCAACGUACGCGUGGAACAGCCUAAAACUGUUGUCUGUCUGUACCUUCGUCGAGACACAUUCAUACAUACACACACACGGGAGGCAAGGAUCACGAAGCUGGAUUAAACGAGUCGGUUGCAUAGGCUCAGAGUGCGCCAAGAGUGAGAUUAUACCACCUUCUCUCUAACUAUUAAUCUGCUAACUGGCGCGCCUUUCACAGUGGAAAUAUUAUUGCUUUCGACAAACAGUCAAUUUCGUUCCUUAGAGAAGUGUAAAUAUAUUUUUAAAAGAUAGGAUUAGGAAACUAGGGGAAUGAAUUGAUUUGAUUUACAUCUUAAAAAUUAUAAUCUAAUCUCUUAAUCGUUGUUGAACUAUGUGAGUGAAGAAUAUUGCUAACUUUGUCUUUUCCAGUUAACAGAUUAAUGGAAUCGUUGAAGUUAUGUUCGCUGGUAAUUACAGAGGUGCCAAGAAGACCCAUUUAGGGCGUUUAUAGUUUCUGGGAACCUUUGAAACACGGGAGAGAUUAGAUUUUUAUUGCGUGGCAUUCAAGAACUCGCGACUGAUCUAAUUUUGUACUGAUUAAUGAUAGUAGUGUCUUCAGACGCGUAACGCAACCUAGAGAAGAAUGGCCUGUUUAAAAUUAGAACACCUUGAAAUUCACGAUGCUCUCGUGUUUCAGUACGGUGGAAACAACUCAUUUCCAUCUAAUGCAGUAUUGCGGCCCCUUCAGAGUAAUGUGUACACUUGAUCUAAACCAAAAGUUACUGUUAAGUACGAUGUGAG